AACAAAAUCAAAACAUUAAUUGCUUGCGUUUAUAACAAGAGAGCGACAAUCACCAAAGCCAUUCAAUUGAAGGCAACUGGCAAACAUAUAAAUAAACCAAUAAAUACUCAACAAAUAAUACAAACAAGCAGGAAACCUUCAUAAUGACAACCAAAACGAUUAGUUUCAACUACAAAUUACCUUUUGUUUGGUUAGCUGUUGCGUUGUUGUUGCUAUUGCAAUGCUGCAAUUGCGCACAAGGCACACCGAUGCUGUACAAGAAGAAUCCACAAGACAAAUACGAAGCAGAUCUUGUACCCGUUUCCUCGACUGUCAUUCCGCUAACAGUGCUCGAAGUCAGCUAUGGUUUAGGUGGCAAACCCAGCGAGGAGUAUAAGCAAGCCUAUCUGAAGAAACUGCGCAAGAAGGUGCAACUCAAGCAGCACUCAAAGCUGACACAACAACAACACGAUGGCGAUGAUGCUGAAUUAGCGGAUCCCGAUACGCUCAUAACAAUAAAAAAGAAACAUAACGACAUCAAUAAAGCCAAAGUCAAGGGCAUCUAAAGCAAUUGCAGAUGACAACGAUGACACGGCGGCAGCGAGCAGCGAGCAGCGUUAUACGGCGUGGCGACGACAUUAAACUACAUCAGCAAAACACAAUAAUAAUAACAAAACGCCAAAACAACGCAGACGGCCGAGAUGGCAGUGGGAAGAUUUGAGAGUAAGCUUACUAGCCAGCUAUACCGAAGUGAGCACUUAGCUGAUGACGCGCAGCGCUUUAGAUGGUGUGUGCUGUUUGGCUGGCUUUUCUUGUUUUACUUUUUUGUUUUUUAUUUUAAUUUUUUUUGUUUUUGAU